GCGCUUAUCAGUCCCGCGGACUCCAGCAGUGACUUUGUGGCAUUUGAGGAGGCUGCUCGCCCGAGGGUCGCCAUUGUCGCGCUUUCGGUGGCUUAUUUAACAGACCGACUUUACGGCAGACCCGCAUGGCAUGUGGAGGAGGACUGCACUGAGCCUCGGGCGACGCCAGCUCCAGGGAGGACCUCGAGGACACGCCAAUCAGGUUCCACCAGCCAGUUUUAGGAUGUCACACAAGCGGCCUGCUCGCCGAAUCCUUGGAGUGGAAAAGAACAUCUGGUUGGAGUUCACCGAGAUGGCCGCCAAGUAUAAGUCAGUCGAUCUCGGACAAGGCUUCCCCAACUUCUCUCCCCCGGACUUCGUCAGGCAGGCCUUCAGUGACGUCGUCUCAGGAGAGGACUGUCUGAUGCACCAGUACACCCGGGCCUUUGGCCAUCCCACCUUGGUGAAGAUCCUAGCCAAGCUGUAUGGGCAGCUCCUCGGUCAGAGCAUCGACCCGUUUGGUGACAUCCUGGUGACCGUGGGUGCCUAUGAGGCUCUGUUCACGGCCUUUCAGGCGCUGGUGGAUGAGGGAGAUGAGGUCAUCAUCAUUGAACCCUUCUUUGACUGCUAUGAGCCGAUGGUGAAGAUGGCGGGGGGACAUUGCGUGUUUGUGCCCCUAAGACCAAAGGGUACACCAGACAAGCCGGCGCUGUCCAGUGGGGAAUGGGCACUGGACCCUGAUGAAUUGGCCAGCAAGUUCACGGAGCGCACCAAAGCCAUCGUCCUCAAUACCCCCCACAAUCCUUUAGGGAAGGUGUUUAAGCGUGAGGAGCUGCAGGUGAUCGCCGAGCUGUGCGUGAAACACGACGUGCUGUGCAUCAGCGACGAGGUGUACGAGUGGAUCGUGUUUGAUGGCAACGAGCACAUCAAGAUAGCGAGCCUCCCUGGCAUGUGGGCACAGACAGUUACCAUUGGAAGUGCUGGCAAGACCUUCAGUGCCACAGGAUGGAAGGUGGGCUGGGCCAUCGGCCCUCAUCGCAUCCUGAAGCACCUCCAGACCGUCCACCAGAACUCGGUGUAUCACACGGCCACUGCAGCUCAGGAAGCGGUGGCCCGAGGAUUUCAGAGGGAGUUGGACGUCUUGGGAAGACCGGAGAGCUACUUGUUUCAGUUACCACGGCAACUUCAGGAGAAGCGCAACCGCUUGGUGGAGUGCCUGCUGUCGGUGGGCAUGCGGCCCAUCAUCCCCGAGGGGGGCUACUUCUUGAUUGUCGAUAUCUCCGCUCUCAAUGUUGAACUUCCCGAGCCCGCUGAUGAGGAGGAGCCCUACGACUAUCGCUUUGCCAAGUGGCUAAUAAAGACGAAGGGCAUGGCUACCAUUCCCGUGUCAGCUUUCUACAGCCUCGGGCACAGGAAGGACUUUGCCAGCUACAUCCGCCUCUGCUAUGUGAAGGAGGACUCGACUCUCGAAGCUGCUGAGAAGAUCUUGAAGGAGUGGCACCUGACAAAGUGAGCCACGUGUGUGAGCGCCAACAUCGGCGUGAUGCCAGGCCCGAUGGACGCUUUGGUGUUCCUGGGACGUGCUCCUGUGUUAGGACUCUUUAAGGUAGUGGUGUAGGAUGAAGUAAUGCUGCCGCGAUGAUGAUGAUGAUGAACACUUGCCAACCACUAAUCUUGUCACUCGUGGCACCGUGUCUUGCUCAUGUCUGAUUUUCUGGGUCAACGGCAGCGGUGUCACAUUGUCUCUGUAAAGCGUGCCCUGCAGCCUCAUCACCCGACAAUCCAAAGGGCCAUCGGUGCCAACUUGAUUUAUUAAUUUUUACCGAACUGUCAAAUCACUAAUGAUGGAGAGACGUGACGGACCUUUUAGGGAGGCGUCCGGCGGCCAUCCGUGGCUAACAAAGUGUCUCCCCAACUGAGCUGCCAGGUCAGGGACCCUCAAAGUUGAACCCCUCGGGCUGAUGUGGCACCGAGUAGGAAUCUGGAAUUUCGGAGGCACAAGUUGUGGCGUUCAAAUCCCAGCUCAGCUCCUGUCAUCGUCCCUUCACCAACCUGCGGUGACGUGCGGCGCUGUGGCUCUGCCAGUGGACAUUAUUGGGCUCUUGUAUAACACUCGCGUGAUUUCGAUGGACAGCAGUGCGCAUGUGCGCGACUUGAUGAUCCAAUGAGGCCGCGCUCUUCCCCCUGUGAUUUUCUUUAUUCGCUCUGGAAGCUUCCGUAACUGAUUCAGUGCAAGGCAGAUGGUUCUAAGCUUUU